AUGGCACCCACCAUCCCUGUGCCCACCCAAGGUGGCAUGUUCCACACCUUCCAGGGCGUAACGCCUAGGAAGCCCACGACGGAUUCUCAGGAGACUACCAAGACUAAUGGUACCGGAACCACCAAGAGGAUAACCACUCCUCAUGCCUGUGCUGAGUGCAAGCGUCGCAAGAUCCGCGCUCCCAAGCGGUGUUUCUAUGACAAGCACCGCCAGCGAGUGAUCCCCUCGCGGAAAACGCUUGAGGCCCUCUCUCAGUCCCUCGAGGAGUGCCGCUCUAUCCUGAAAAGACUAUAUCCCAACCAAGAGGUUCAAGCCCUGCUCCCGCUUUCCAGACAAGAGCUUCUCAGUCUCUUAGACCGGCCGAUGAUUGACACUUCGGCAACGGCCCUUCCCUCUCCACCUCUACACACGUCUCCUCUCGGCGACGAUCUUCAAUCGCCUUUGUGUAUGAAGUCAGAGCAAGGCCUCAACCUUGAGCAAAUCCCCACGCGCGAUACCGAGUGGGACGAGGAGCGCCGCGGCCGCGACCCUAUCCCCGCGGAAGCCGACGACGUCAACGCCCUAUCAUUGUCUGUCGACCGGCAGGCCUCUUAUCUCGGUGCUUCAUCCAUCAAGGCAGCGUUGAUGGUCAUGCUCAAGGUGCAGCCGGGCCUCAGGAGCUCGCUGUCGGCGCCUCUCAACAACAUCGAGCCGGCACAUAACUUCCCAGCGAUCAAGCAAAAGCCAGCGGGACAAAAGGACCCCCAGCGAGUUCCUUGGUCCUGGAAGGGACAGACCUUGAUCGAUGCCUACUUCAAGCGGAUCCAUGCUUUCAUUCCCAUGUUGGACGAGACCACAUUCCGGGCAGACUAUCUUGAGGGGCAACGCUUCGAUGGCCCAUGGCUUGCCCUUCUCAACAUGGUCUUUGCCAUGGGCAGCGUGGUGGCCAUGAAGUCUGACGAUUACAAUCACAUGAACUACUACAACCGCGCCAUGGAGCACCUGCCCAUGGAUGUGUUCGGCAGCAGCCACAUUGAGAGUGUCCAAGCCCUGGCGCUCAUCGGUGGUUACUACCUUCACUACAUCAACAGGCCCAACAUGGCCAAUGCGGUACUCGGAGCUACAAUCAGAAUGGCUAGUGCUCUAGGGCUUCACAGAGAGAGCCUCGCACAGAGCACCAGUGACAUGGCUGCAGCCGAGACUAGGCGGCGCACGUGGUGGAGUCUGUUCUGCCUCGACACCUGGGCCACUACAACGAUGGGACGUCCAUCCUUUGGAAGAUGGGGCCCGGCCAUUAAUAUCCAACCUCCCGAGUUCGGCAUCAAUGCCUCUCGAGACUCGUCCCAACAUGCGGGUAUCCUCCCGCUGAUUGAGAAUAUCAAAUUCUGCAAGAUCGCCACCCAGAUCCAGGACAUGAUUGCCAUCUCCCCGCUGCUCCCCACGGAGGACCGGUGCAACUUGGACGGUCAGCUAGUCAACUGGUACAGCAGCCUCCCUUGGCUGCUGCGGACCACUGAUCCAUGCGCGGAACCGCUCUACAUUGCUCGCUGUAUCAUGAAGUGGCGCUAUCAGAAUCUCCGGAUGUUGCUCCACCGGCCCGUACUCCUGAGCCUGGCUGCCAGCGGCGUCACUCACGCUGCCGAGCACGACAUCGCCGCCAUUGAGACGUGCCGAGAGCUGGCGAGGCACACAGUCGAGGACAUUGAGCGGGAGUGGACCCGGAACCAGAUGUCCGGGUGGAACGCGGCCUGGUUCCUCUAUCAGGCCGCCAUGGUGCCCCUGGUCUCGAUCUUCUGGCAGUGGGACAGCCCGCGGGUCGCCGAGUGGCACAAGCAGGUCGAGACCAUCCUGGAGCUCCUCGAGGCCAUGGAGGAGUGGUCGCUGGCGGCACGCCGCAGCCGCGAGGUCAUCUGGCGCAUGUACGAGGCCUCGCGGCAGCCCGGCAUGAUGCACCAGCGCAGCGAGUCGCCGAGCUCGAUCCACCAGGCCAUGAGCGAGCAGGGCAUGCUCCUGGGCGGGGAGGCCGAGCUGCACAUGUCGCCGAUCGGCCUGGAGCCGGCAGAGGGCAUGGGCAUGAUGGGCAUGCUCGACCAGCACGGGCUCUGGGACCUCGACGGCAUGUUCUGGAGCGGGCAGCCGGACGAGAUGGACUUUGGGGCCUACAGCGUCGGCGACGGCAUGAUGCAGAUGGACUACGGCAUGAUUGGCAACCCUCACCAUGCUGCUGCCGCGGCGGGUAUAGAAGGGACCUUCCCCUUCGUUCACUAA